GUUAAGCGUAUACUCUUUAACGUCUCGGGUGAAGAUGAUUGUCUCGGCUUCUGGAUUUGUCCUGAAUGCAAGGUUCUCCCGUCUACUGUAAAACGGUUGAAAGAAGAACUGUCAUCUGCCAGGAAAGCUACACUCGACCUGAGAAGCCACAUAGCCGAACUGAAGCAGUCUAUGUCCAAUAUGUUAACCACCCUGGAGAGGACAACAUCCCUUAGCAACAGACUCUCCAGACUAGAGAAAGCCCUGGACGACAGAGUGGAUGCAGCAGACCGGGCAACACUGGAAAGGACAAACUCUACGAGUCACACAGACCAUUCCAGCACUGCCCUCCACUCUAAUGAUAAGGAGCCAACCCCAAACACAGAGCCUAAUAAGAUCCUCUUAAUAGGUGACUCUAACCUGAAAUACGUUAACCCUAGAGGCCUUUGUGAUACUGUGGUGCGCACUAGACCAGGUCGUACAAUGAGGGACAUCUCUCAAGAGCUCAGUGUUUCCGACCUGCAACCGUACUCCCACAUUGUGGUGCAUGCAGGCACAAAUAACCUUACUGAGUCUGAUGAUGAACAGGAUAUUGCACAACUGGAGAAGGAAGCUGAGCAGCUGUGCACAACUGUAAAUUCCUCACUCCCGCAAGCCAAAAUCGUGUUCUCAGGGAUCUGCCCCAGGGCAGACAGUGACCUCCCUGCCACUAAAGUAGAACCAGCUAAUAAGGUACUACAAAAAGUCGCAGAAGAGAAACGGGCUCUGUUUGUAGACAACGAAGGUACCUUUAUGUACCGUAAUGGACAACUGGACACCACUCUGUAUGAUAGAGACCUGUUGCAUAUCAACAGGAACAGAGGUGCAUCACGUCUCAUCUCAAACAUAAGGGAAGUAGUCCCCAAUAUCCUCUCAGCUCCCUCAGCACCCCGCUUCCCAGAGAAUAGGAGGGGGUACCCAAGAGGUGAUACAAGGAGUGACAGAAGACAGUCACAUGGACCAUGGGGCCAGCCCCCGCCAGCCCCCAGUCCUCUCUUUAGAGGAACUGGCCGCCCGUGGGAAGACAACAGAGCUCACAUGCAGAGAGACAGUAAGAGAUUGAACAUGAGAAGUCGAUGGGAGCAGUUUCCAGCAGUUUCUACACAUGAGGAUCUCAGCAGCAGAGGACACAUGCAGAGCUACUGGCAGCAGUACCCCCAGAGGAAUCAUCAGGGAAUUCCAGGAGAACCACCCUGCCACUUCUGCGGUGAAAGAGGCCAUACGACCAAAGUCUGCAGGCAUGGAGGCCCGGUCAGAUGCAACUACUGCAACCAGCUGGGUCAUAAAGCCAGAUGGUCACAAAACGAACAGAUGUUAAAACAUAUGUUACAUAUUACGGCUGACUUUGGUUUAAGAUUCAAGCUUAGGUUUAACGAACAGAAAUCCAAGGUUAUGGUAGUGGGUAAGAGGCUGAAUCCCCUUACAAGGUGGCAAAUGGGUAACCUUAGUCUAGAUGAAUGUAAUUCUUAUAAAUACUUAGGGGUACACUUCUCCAGAAAUCUAAAAGAUAAUAUACACGUUACAGAAACCCUUAAAAAGUCUAACAGGAUAGUGGAAGCCUGUAAAUCUACGAUUUUUAGUCAUAAUGGUUUUAAUCGCUUCUCGUAUGGGGACACCUUAUGGAAAAAUAUCAUUGUACCUAGUGUAAACUAUAGUAGCAGUAUAUGGGUUGGGUACAGGAUAAGCGCCAUACGUGAGACUUUUGAGGAGUCUGGUGUCCUUCUGGUGAGGCCCUGGAGGGCCAUGGGACAGGCGGGGUGGCCCCUUCCAGCGUCUGAGCUGGCCCGCUGGAGAAAACGCGUGGACGGGGACGCAAGGGAGUUCCUACAGCUCUGCAACGAAUGCAGGUGUGUCCCAGACGUCUGGUCCCUGCACGAGUGGUCCAACUGGCUGACGCCUACUAUACCGGCCAUGCCCAACAGGCGGCGCUACGACACCGCUUUCUUCAUCUGUUGUCUGGACCACAUACCUCCCGCCGCCAGGGACGACCGGGAGAUCGUCAAGGCACAGUGGCUCACACCCGCCGAAGUCUUGCACGACUUUCGACAAGGAAAACACAUCAUUCCACCCCCGCAAGUGUAUGAACUCUCCCGCCUGUGCCAGCUGCAGAGUCUGGUGGACCUGCACCACUUCAGCCGGGAGAGGGGUGCGAAGGGUUGCGAGAGGUGGCUACCCGUGGUUUUUCCAUGUGAAGAUGGACAAGUUUCUGCUCUACCCGGUGAUGACCUGUACCCGACCCGUGAUGACCCGGAAGUGCUUCAGGGCCGUCACCUCUCCAGCACCGUCGCAGAACUUCGGCAGUCCGCCAGCCGACUCCACAGGUCCGAGAUCCUGCCGGGCUCCGGGUUGCCGGCGUGGGAAACCCGCUGUAACAUCACGCCCAAGUUCGGACACCUCUCGCCUAUGCAGAACGUCUUCCAGUUCGUGGAAAGGAUUCAGAGCAAACUUUAGCCUCUAUUAGGCUCCUCAGAUGCUGAAAAUUGUAGAAAUUAGCCCAAAUAGACUGAAUAUCAUACCGGAGGAUUACAAUUUUUAAACCUUUGACUGCAACACACCUGUGUGAAUAUCCGCGAAGUCGAUGUAGAUGGAG